UCGCCCACCGACUUUUUGAAGGGCGUCGUCGGAAAACGUGUUGUAGUGCGGCUAACAUCCGGUGUAGAUUACAGAGGCGUUCUAUCAUGUCUUGAUGGUUACAUGAACAUCGCUCUUGAGCAGACAGAAGAGCACGUUAACGGCGUGGUUACAAACCGUUAUGGCGAUGCGUUCAUCAGAGGCAAUAACGUACUGUAUAUUUCCGCUGCCGAG